UCUACCGCAUUGCUAAUAAAAGAUAGUAUAACAUUGUGUAAUAUAAAUAGGAUUAUUAAAGGCAAAAGAUUAAUCUCGAAUUAGAAAUUUUGAAAAUUUUAAGACGAUUAUUGUGAAAUAAAUCCUUGAAAUACGCAAGAAUGUUAUUCACAAUUGAAAUUUCCAAUCGCUGUCCGGAAUUUACAACGUGUACGAUUUCGCAUGUUUUUGACAUUAUUUGUUAAAUUUUUCGGGUAUUUUUAUCGCAUUUUACACAUUUUAUACGUUCAGAUGGGCAAUUGCAAAACAAACGGUGUUUACGUUUUCAAACUGUACAAAUACGAGAAAGUGAAAAGUAACUCGAGGACACCCUUACCGAGAAGUGGCCAUCGGAUAGUGUGCGACACAAAGAACUUGUACUCGUUCGGCGGCUAUAAUCCGUUAAUAACGCAAAGUGAGGACGAAGUUAGAGACGAUGACGACGAGCUCAACAUUAAUUCGUACCCCCUGUUCCAAGAGUUGUGGAAGUAUAAUUUCGCGACCAAAAAAUGGAAGUGCUACAGCGGACGGAGGACGUUGCCUCAAGAGUUAGCGUCGAACGCAGUCGUACGGACAGGAAAUUAUUUGAUGGUAUACGCUUGUGUCUAUGGAGGUACCGGCUCGCCUUUCGGUUACCGUUCCAGUAACCAACUGUACUUCUGCGCGCUGAAUAGCGACAGCGGUCAGAUGGUCGAAGUGAAUACGACCGGCCAGCAUCCCAUACCUCAAUACGGACAAGCGUUAGUGUGCCAUAAUAAUUACCUGUACACAAUCGGCGGUACGACCGGAUUUACCUACUCGUGCGAUAUUCACAGGUUAAACAUCAAAGAAAGGGUGUGGGAAAAUGUCUACAUUUGCCAGGGACGCGCCGAUUACGAACCGGACGGCCGUUACCGCCACGAAGUUGCAUUCGACGGGAAAAACAUCUACAUCCUCGGUGGAGGGACGGCAGACAAUGCUUUCGGUUUUAAGAAAAUUCCUGUUUUCAAUAUCGAACUGAAAAGAUGGUCGAAAGCGAUAGCGAAAAGGGACCGCAGGAGCGUACUAUCCGGUUAUCAUCACACUGGUAUACCGUCACCGCGUCGAUGUCACGGGGCCGUUCAAAUUGAGACCGAUAACGACAUUCAGGUCUUCAUCAAUGGAGGGUACGACGGCGACACUGUCUUCGAUGAUUUGUGGAGAUUGGAACUGUCGACUAUGCAGUGGACGUUCAUACAGAAAUGCGUCCUGCCCAGUCCUACUUAUUUUCACUCGGCCGCAGUGUCUCCAGAAGGAAAAAUGUACGUUUUCGGUGGUAUAUAUGGAGGUGAUCAAAUUAGAAGGAGUAGUGAUAUUUACUCCGUCUGGCUGUGCAUUCCGAAACUAAGCGAAAUCUGUUGGGAAGCUCUUUUGCAUUACAAUCCCCAAAUAUGUAACUAUUCCAAAGAGCGUCUUAUAAACAGUGGUUUGCCGAGAGGAUUUUUAGACCGUCUAGUCUAGUCAUAGUUUUUUGCUUACAAUUUUAGACGUAGCACGAAUUUUAUGAUAACUACAUUUUUAAUUUAUUGUACUAUUCUAUACUAUUAAAUACCGCUUUUAUAAACGA